UACAUGGAGAAGAAAAAAGGGCAGCGGUGAACACAAGGUCUGCUCUCUGCCCCACAGGAUUAUCUAACUGCUGCGUUCAGACAGAAAGAGAAUCUGCAGGCAUGAAUAGGGUUAGAGUGUUGUCCACCCCUAACAGUGAUGGACAACAGGCAGACAGAUGUUAACCUGGACCUGGCUGAUUACUGCUCUCCUCUGACAGAACUACUCUCCGUCUAACUGAGACCAGCUCCACAGAAUGCUGAGCCCCAUUGCCCCCUAUAGCCUGUAUAAGAUGCACUGGAACCCGGAGCAUGCCCAGUCCCUCAGCCAGUCCCUCAGCCAGUGGCCUGAGCAGCACCUGGAUGUGUCCUCCACCACCUCCUCACCGGCCCACAAGUCUGAGCUUUAUGCCGCUGGCCGCGCCCACGGCCGAGGUGGCUCCGCCCAUGGCUACGCCUGGGCCAAUGAUGACAUCUCAGCCCUCACGGCCUCCAACCUGCUGAAGAGCUACGCAGAGAAGUACUGUGAUGUUCUAGACUUGCCAUACGACCGUCCACCGGGGCCCACUGUAGGGGCCUACCCAGAGCCAGGGGCUUUCGGGGGCCUUAUUGGCCUCAAGACUGAGCUGGAACCCUGGCCCCUGAGCCACAGUGCAGAGGGGCUCUAUCCCGGGUCCCUGGGCGGUCUGUCGGGCCCGAAGGCCGGGGCCACAUCAGCAGGGCCACCAGGGGCCAGCAAUAUGUCGGGGGUCAACAGUAACCUCUCAGAGUCUUGUUAUAGUGGUAGCAGCUCCUCCUCUGGCUCUCACUCAGGUGACUACAACCGCCCCAGCUACAACGGUACCUACGUCUCGCCUGGCUACUGCCCCCAGCCCCCCUCAGCACUGCCCCCUGCCUCCCUCCAACACCCCCUCCAGCCCACACCCACCCUGUUGCCCAGCUACUCCCUCUCCACCUCGGUCUACAACUACCCCCCCAGCAGCUACCCCCACCAGUCCGGCCUGGGCCCCAACUACAGCCACCCCUCUGCAGGGUACUUACCCCCGGGGCUGGCCGCCCCCACUCCCCUCCCCUCCCGUCCCACCGUGGUCGGGGGUAGCUACGGCUACCAGGAAUCCGGAGGUGGGUUGAAGAGGAAGGCGUUUGAGAUGUCAUUAGACGAGGAGGAGGAUGGCUCUAGAUACAGUAAGUAUACAGGCUACGACCCAGUGAAGCCCGGAGGAGGGGACUCUCUCUCUCCCUACAGAGUGGGAGAUAAAGAAAACAGUGGCUUCACCACGGGCAGCACAGAUCCCCAGGCCUUCAAGCCCAGUAAGCCCUCCUCCCAGCCCCUCGUGUCCCCUCCGUACAGGGUGGCUUUAGCAGGGGACUACAGCCCACCAGCAGGGAUGACUGGGGAGAACGUAGGAGGAGGAGGGGGGUCAGAGAACCAGGGCUUCAUCCAACAGCAGCACCACUCCUCCCUGGCCCACAACAAUAAACUCCCCUCCCUGCAUGGCCAGGGCCAGCCUGGGUCUGGACCAGGGGAGUCGGGCAGCCUGAAGAGCCCAGACCGCAGGCUUCUGGAUCUAGUCAACGGGGAGGUGCUGGACUGUAGCCCGGCCCUGCUAUGGGGGGAACUGGCUGGGCUGACCCACGUCAAGGCUGCCCUGGAGGAGGAGCUGCUGUGGCCCUGUCUUAGGCCCAGCACCGCUGUCCGCCCCCCAGCCACCGUUCUGUUAUUCGGCCCCCGGGGAGGCGGGAAGACCACCCUAGCACGCUCCAUGGCCUCCCAGCUUGGGGCCUCCUUCUAUAGGCUCAGCGGGGCCAUGUUAGCCUCUAAAGGCAAGGCUGAGGCUGAGGGGAUCCUGGGUGCCACACUGCAGGUGGCGGGGUCGAGGCAGCCCUCCGUGGUGCUGCUCAGUGAGGUGGAGGCUAUGGAGAAGGAGGAGGGGCUGAGGCAGGUGUUGCUAUCUGCCCUGGAGAAGGCCCAGAUGGAGUUAGGGUCGACGGGAGCUGGGCUGGUGAUCAUGGUGUGUGCCACCAGUAGGCCGGACCUGCUCCAGGGUGCUGUGCAUCGGAGCUUCGCCAAGCGCUACCACGUGGGCCUGACAGAUGCUUUUUACACAAAGCCGAGUUGAGCGCAACGUGCAUCUCGAUAGUGAGUUAGGAUUCCAUCCAAAGAUCCUGGUUAUUCGUUAUCCAAGACAUAAAUCAGUAAUGUGUUGUCAAGGUGACAUGGUCCAAGGAAAUGGAUAAUCAGGGUCCUGUUCAUGAGGCACCAAACAAAAUAAAACAUACAGAAACAGGGAAGGAACAACCUGGAUUUGUCCAAUAACAAAAACGUAUUUUCGAUUUCCGUUGCAAAACAGACUGAAUAGGGGCAGGACUACCUGGACUCGUCCAACAUAGAACACACAUUUUUGUUUUCCAUUGCAAAUCUUUUUAAAACGUUUGCCCUAAUGAACAGGACCCAGGGUUGGGAGAACCCCCAGUCGACUGACUGCUACUCUCAGGACUUUAUUCAUUACCAGUCCUCUCCUGUGGGGUUUUAGAUGUCAUUACCUUAUUCAUUACCAGUCCUCUCCUGUGGUGUUUUAGAUGUCAUUACCUUAUUCAUUACCAGUCCUCUCCUGUGGGGUUUUAGAUGUCAUUAUCUUAUUCAUUACCAGUCCUCUCCUGUGGUGUUUUAGAUGUCAUUACCUUAUUCAUUACCAGUCCUCUCCUGUGGGGUUUUAGAUGUCAUUACCUUAUUCAUUACCAGUCCUCUCCUGUGGGGUUUUAGAUGUCAUUACCUUAUUCAUUACCAGUCCUCUCCUGUGGUGUUUUAGAUGUCAUUACCUUAUUCAUUACCAGUCCUCUCCUGUGGUGUUUCAGAUGUCAUUACCUUAUUCAUUACCAGUCCACUCCUGUGGUGUUUCAGAUGUCAUUAUCUUAUUCAUUAACGGUCCUCUCCUGUGGGGUUUUAGAUUUCAUUACCUUAUUUUAUCACCUUUUUUUAGCAUCAUUAUUGGUCAUUUGGGUGUGAAAAGAGCUUAGGAUCUAUUUUAAGAACUUAUUUUCCCCCCAAAAAAGAUCAAUAGUAGCUCAUCGUCUCUUAUGUGUUAUUGACUUAAAAUAUAGCUUCUCACUAAAAUCAUGACAUCCUGACCAUUACUAUAAUCAAACUUCAAAACGUUGAAAUGGAACGUAUUGGUCAUGAGACUGGGCUGUAUUUGAUUAUAGACUGGGGGGUUCGAGCCCUGAAUAUUGAUUGGCUGAAAGCCGUGAGACUGUAUACCACGGGUGUGACAAACAUUUAAUUUUACUGUUCUAAUUACGUUAGUAACCAGUUUAUAAUAGUAAUAAGGCACCUCGGGGGUUUCUGGUAUACUGUAUGGCCAAUAUGCAUUGCGUAUUUCCUAAGAACAGCGCUUAGCCGUGGUAUAUCGGCCAAAUACCACACCUCCUCGGGCCUUAUUGCUUAAAUAUACAACACUAUAAUUCAAAGACAUAAGCAUAAUGUCCACACAUUUAUUUGAAUGUUGAUUUAUCACACAUUACUCGUUCACCAAUUCCUGAGAAUGUUGCUUUAAUACAGCGUAUAACACAGACAGACAGGCCCAGCCAGGCAAGAUGGCAGCUCCUUGGAUGUUGCUUUAAUACAGCGUAUAACACAGACAGGCACAGCAAGGCAAGAUGGCAGCUCCUUGGAUGUUGCUUUAAUACAGCGUAUAACACAGACAGGCACAGCAAGGCAAGAUGGCAGCUCCUUGGAUGUUGCUUUAAUACAGCGUAUAACACAGACAGGCCCAGCAAGGCAAGAUGGCAGCUCCUUGGAUGUUGCUUUAAUACAGCGUAUAACACAGACAGACAGGCCCAGCCAGGCAAGAUGACAGAAGUCUUGUUUGAAAUGCUCAGGAAAAAUGUCUUUACCUCAGAAAUGUGAAAUAAAGAAUGUAUGUAAUCUUCAGGUCUUGGUGGAGAGAGUAGAGGAGGAGAGAAAGAGGGGGAAGAAAAAGAGAAGAACCCUAACAGAGUCCUGUUGCAUACAUUCAUUUGCUGUCUGUGCAUAUACCUUUGGGGAGAAACUUGAAAAUGCUACAAAGAGUAACAUUGAAUGUAAUUCAGGUAUUUCACAGGAUAUUUGACGCCAUAAAAUCAAUGGUUUUAUUAUUAUAUAUGAAUAUAAAUACAUGUUUUUAAAUUUGAAUGUCGAUUCUUUUGGUGGAAGGCUGGUUGUGUUUAUGAAGUGUUAUGUUGAACACAGAAAAUACACAUUUUUUGUUGGACAAACUGUUUACAAAUCAACCCAAAGCAUUGUGUUUACAUGUACUAUUCACAAAUGAAUGUUAUAUACAUAUUUUAUUGUAAUAGAUGCAAAUCUUCAUUGAAAGAUAUAAAGAUAAGGCGCACAUUUAAAUUACAAUUAUAUUUCAAACCUGGACACAGACAAGAUAUAACAGAAGAAAAUAGAAAAUGGACCUGAAGAUGAUGUCUAACAAUAAAAAGAGAGUAGCCUAGUUGUUAGACCAUUGGGCCAGUAAACGAAAGGUUGCUGGAUCAAAUCCCCGAGCUGACAAACAAGGUAAAAAUCUGUUGUUCUGCCCCUGAGCAAGGCAGUUAACCCACUGUUCCCCGGGCGCUGAAGACGUGGAUGACGAUUAAGGCUGCCCUCCUCACCUCUCUGAUUCAGAGGGGUUGGGUUAAAUGCGCAAGACACAUUUCAGUUGAAUGCUAGAUAUAUACUAGAUAUAACAUGUAGACGAUCCAGAGGUUAACAUAUUCACAGGGUUGUGCUAUCUCUACCACUCUGUUUAACAACAGUCAUUCAGUUCAGUUCGGUGAUGUCGUGAAUAUUGGUCUGUUACCAUAGUUAUGUAGACUGGAGGCGCGCUGGAGAAUGAUGUAAUGUUCUUAUUUCCCCCCCCCCCCCACCAAUGCAAUCUCAUUAUGGUAGUAUCAACCCCUCCCUCCCUCCCUCCCUCCUUCUUUUGGAGUGGCAUUGCUCUGAUUGGAUAUAUCACCACUCUGGCCUCCCAGUGUCCUCAGUACAGCUGGUGUCUUCAGUCAUGCCAUACAGCCGGGUCAAACACACUAACCCCAGGGUUCAGGCACAUAUUGAUCACUUUGUCUCAAAUGGCACCUUAUUCCCUUUAUGGUGCACAACUUUUGACUAGGGCCUUGGUCAAAAGUAGUGCACUAUAUAGGGAAUAGGGUGCCAUGGGCCACAUGGUAGGUCUAAUAAACAAAAAAGACAUUUUUAAACUAAGCAGGAGAACUCAGCCUUAGGACGGUACUGAGAGAUGGGUUAAAUAUGUAAUCAUUUAUAUGCCACUACAUUAAGAUACAUAAAUGAUAAUAAUCAUUACAGGCUGUUAUAAUGAGCUUUCAGACAGAGGUGUUGCAUAUCAGGCAGGGCCUGGGGCUUGAGGCCAACUGUCAUAGUUUAAAACAGAGGUAAUGAGAGUUUAGUUCAUGAAUAGCAGCCUAUAUCUAUACUAUAAUUAGUCAAUGUGAUUCGUUAAACAUCUUUCAGCCAUUUCACCAGGCUCAGUUUCCCCAAAACGUUCAUGUUUGUCAAACGUGUAGAUUUAGAAGAACAUAGUUAUUUUGUUAAUUUUUCUGUCAGUUGUUUAGUUGUUUUUAGUUAAUGGAUUACCUCGCUAAACAUAUAUGCUUGAUGUUAUUAGUCCGAGUUAAUUAGCAGGAACGGCUCAGAUCAUUAGAAGGUAUUGAUGAUUGGGUGAGGUAGCCCUUUUAAAGUACAAUGAGCUCACAAUGUCUGACUGAUUUCUUGGAAAAAGACUUGGUGAUAAACUGAUUAUCACAGAAUAGUCACCCAAUAUGACUAAAUAGUCAGAGGAUAGUCACUAAAUAGUCUCAGAUUGAACAGAAAUACUGAGAAAGAAAGCCCUGUCCUGAAUUGAUCUGGGAUAACGCUAUAAUGCCAAAGUUUCAAAUGCGAUUCCUACUAUGGAGAAAUUGUUUCAGCAAUGCAGCAGCAUGUUAGGAUUUUGUGUUCAUAUCACUGAAGUCCAUUCACGUCUACAAUACACCUCUUUGUAAUCAGUGUUUUGGCUUUAUAAAGCCAAUGAGGAAAUAAAAAAUACGAAAACAGUUUGUCCAACAAAAUAGCCUUUUGUUAGCUGUUUUUAAUCUAUUAUUACAGUGACUUUGUUUUUGGUUCUUGUACAUUUUCUGUAACCAUUUCUACCUCAUUUUGCAACAUAUUGUACAUGAAGUAUUGAUUUCAUGUCUGUUUUUUUAUGUCUGUUUUCAAACUGAUAACAAUGUUUUUGAACUGUAAUAAUGUUUUUGAACUGUAAUAAUGGUCUACCUCAGAAAAGACUAUGUUAAGAGAAGAGUAUCACAUU